ACUUUGACAUUUACCAUUCAAUGAGUUUUCAGAUUGGCAUUGUUUACAUGUUUGAUAUAACACAUUCGGAUACAAUCGUUUUUGUGAAUUGUGGAAUUUAAAUAAUUAAAUGUUUGACACGCAUUCUGGAUAUGAACAUCUUUGUUCUAAAAUAUAUUGACACAAAAACUAUCUGCAUUUGUUUUGCCCUGAUGAAGAUUUGAAGAAUAAAUCGAAACGUUGGCGUUAUACAUGAAGCACUAAAUAGUUUUGCGUAUUUAUUUAGACUGAAAGUUAAAAUGUGGAUGAAACGACUAUAUAUAGGAAUUUCUUAUAAUUUAAUUGAAAAUUGAGAGUAAAAGUUCUUGGUAUGCAUAAUUAAUCUACAAGCGAUAUACGACGAGUGACACCACCCCGAGAAGAUUCGAACACAGUUAUUGAUGAUGGCUUUGUAGUACAUCGCGGGCGCACUGUACCAACAUUAGCAUCUAUGCAAGAACCGCUGCCUAUAGCUCGAUUAAGGCAAUCCAAAGAGCGAACAGAAUCAAGAACCGAAGAUCGAGGCGAUAGUAUCGCAGCUGGUCGUCCUAGUAAUUGGGAAGAGACUAGAAGACCAAGUUUUGCAGGACGACGAUCUCGUCGCAACUCGGUUAGUGAUGAUUCACAACUGACAAUAGAGAAUUUUGGAGGCUCACAAGACCAAUUGAAUAUGAUUGGUCGUGCAUUCGAAAAAGAUAAAUCCAUAACAAAUGUUGUGGUUGAACCAGCUGUACCAGUGCGAUCAUCAAUGGCUGAUGCUCGGGGCUCCAUACUAUUUGAUUACGAUGAUACAUCGAAUAAUGAAAAACAGGAUCAUGAAAAUGAAAAACAGCAACCAAUACCUAUGCGACAUAAAAGUCAAACUCAAGAUAUUAUUGAUGGAGAUGCUACAAUACAACAACAAACGGCUACAAUGGCUUCGGAUAACGGAACAAUACCAGUUCGAAAAACUUCAUUCGUAACGCUUCCAAAUAAUACAACCACAUGGCAACAACAAUCUGUUAAUUAUCAGAAAACUGAUCACGAAGGUCAGUUAUAUUAUUAUUAUAAUCUAUGCCUAUAAAAUUGAUUGUGAGUCACAUGUUUCACAUUUGUGUUAUUCCGUGUUAGACCAUUAUGGCUACUUGAGACCCUUUAGAAGAUUUAUUAGUUAAAAACAAGGGGAAAAGUACUAAAUAAAUUUAAUACCAGUAAUACGAUCUAGUAUGUAAUGGGCUUGGAGCCGUGUGUGAAUUAGUCUUAAUGCGGUUCAUAGUAGCUAUGCGUCGUUCACAGUGGUGAACGAAACCAUUGAAAUGUCAGUUGUCUUGAAUUAUACGUGAAUAAAAAAACAUACUUCUCGUCAGUCAUAAAUAUA